GGAAUCAUUACGAGGUUCCAGAAAAUUAAUGUCUCUUGAAAAUCACAAAAGCAGAAAGGAGUAUAAAAAUGGUACUCUCUCCAAUGGCAGCAUAGUUGGGACAGGUUAUGCAAAUAGCGCUUACGUAGCUGGCGAUACAUUUUGUGAUAAUACUGGUAUAGAUGAAACUGAAUCAAUUCCGAUGGAGCAAACGAUGAUAUCGAUGAAUCGCGUGAUGGAACACUUAGAGAAACGAGAAGGACAUGACGAAGAAUCGAAGUUGUUGCAUGAUUUCUUCAUGAAGAAGUCUGUACAAGAAGCUGUCGAAAGCGGUACUAUCAUUUAUAAGAAGAACAAGGCUACGGAACCAAAUCCCACCACAUCUGCAGAUUUAUUAUCUAUUACCACCGAUUACAACGAUUCUAAAACGCUUCCAUCAACACGAAUCCAGGGUGAUUUGAAGAUUGUUAAAGUCAAUAAAUGCAAUGAUACAUAUCUCGGUGCAACAAUUCGAAAUGAAGGUGAAAAAGUGAUUAUUGGGCGUGUAGUACAUGGUGGUAUGGCUGAGAAAUCAAAUUUAUUGAGCGAAGGAGAUGAACUUAUUGAAGUCAAUGGAAAUGAUCUACGCGGCAAGAAUGUCACUGAAGUUUGCGAUAUUUUGAGAUCGACGUCGGGUGAAUUAUCGCUUGUGAUAGCACCAUUAGAUAAACAGAAUGAUAAUUCUCAAAUGGCAUCAUCAGCACAAGUUAAGCAUUUUCGAGCACUUUUCGAUUACGACCCUGAGGAUGAUAUUUAUGUUCCAUGUAAAGAACUUGCGUUGAAAUUUCAACGUGGUGAUAUUCUUCAUGUGAUUAGUAUGAGUGAUGAAAAUUGGUGGCAAGCAUAUCAUGAAGGCUGUGAAAUGAAUAGUUCGCUUGCUGGCUUAAUACCUUCCAUAUCAUUCCAACGACAAAUCGCUUUGUAUACACAUGAAUUUGAAAGAAAAAAACAAUUGGAAAAUGGUAAACGUAAAGAUUUCUUCGGUUGUACAAAGAGGAAAAAUUUAAUGAAAGGAAAAUGGAAGAAAGAAGUAGAAGAAUUGAAAUCGAUGGAUGAGUUAAAUGGAGGAAAUGAUUCAGAAAUCCUAACAUACGAAGAAGUUACACUAUAUUUAUCAAAAACGGGACGAAAAAGGCCGCUUGUUCUUUGUGGCCCAGAGGGAGUUGGUUGUUUGGAGUUGAGACAACGUUUGGCUGAAUUUGAUAAAGANUUUUCAGAAAUCCUAACAUACGAAGAAGUUACACUAUAUUUAUCAAAAACGGGACGAAAAAGGCCGCUUGUUCUUUGUGGCCCAGAGGGAGUUGGUUGUUUGGAGUUGAGACAACGUUUGGCUGAAUUUGAUAAAGAUAAAUUUGCCAGCGCUAUACCUCAUACAACACGUCCGAAGAAAUCUGGUGAGAUAGACGGUGUACAUUAUCACUUUGUAGCAAAACAUAAUUUUCAAGAGGAUGCAAAAGCGGGUAAAUUCAUUGAAUAUGGUGAGUUCGAGAAGUAUCUCUAUGGCACUUCAUUGGCCUCAAUUCAGGCUGUCAUUGACCGAGCCAAAAUAUGUUUACUGACACUUAAAGCCGAGAAUCUGAAGGCAUUACGAAGGACAACGUUCAUGCCUUAUGUGGUAUUCAUUGCACCACCAUCACUGCAACAGCUUCGUCGUCAGAAGGAAAUUCUUGGACAACACGGAAUCAAGGAUGAACAGUUAAAAUCAAUCCUAAGUGAGGGUAAAAUCACUGAAAAGCAUUAUGGUCAUUUGUUCGACCGAAUAAUAGUGAACGUUGAUCUUGAUCGAUCACUGGAAGAACUUAAGGAAGUAAUUAGGAAACUGGAAACAGAACCACAUUGGGUACCUUCAUUUUGGCCAAUCAAUACCAAAAGUGCCAUU